UCUCUCAUUCAUUCCACUUCACAAAAGAGUGAGAGCAGCAGGGAGAGAGAGAGAGAGAGAGAGAGAGAGAGAGAGAGAGAGAGAGAGAGAGGUUCCGCAAAAGGCCAUUCAAAGCAAACGGUGUAAUGCAAAUGCAAGAAUAAACACCUUCUCUUUGCCUUCCCGACAAAACUAGGAUGAGUUGUAACAGUAAUAGAAACAACAGUAAUAGUAGCAUUAAGUGCGCAAUUCAAUUUCGCAUUUCGCAAUGCCAUUUCUGAAUAUUCCACACCCACGCCCUUUCUGUUUCUUUCGCUUCCCUUAUUUUCCCUAUUUUAAUUAAUAUUUCAAUAUUUCACUUCAUCUUCUUUCUCUUAUGAGGCUUUCCAUACUGCAACCUCAGCCGCAGCGCUGUCACCACCCGAUAAAGCGGUGGCCUCGCAUGGACGCUUCCUUCCACCGCCGCAAGGACAAGGUCGUUGUCAUCAUGGGCGCCACCGGCUCCGGCAAGUCCCGUCUCUCCAUCGACCUCGCCACCCUCUUCCCCGUCUCCGAAAUCAUCAACUCCGACAAAAUGCAAGUCUACCGCGGACUCGACAUCACCACCAACAAGAUCCCCCUCGCGCAGCGCCGUGGCGUCCCUCACCACCUUCUCGGCGACGUCGACCCCUCCCUACCGGAGUUCUCCCCCGCCGACUUCCGUCGCCGCGCUGGCCACAUCAUUGACGACAUCAGCAGCCGGGAUUGCCUCCCCAUCGUCGUCGGCGGCUCUAACUCCUUCGUCCACGCGCUUCUCGUGGAAGACUUCCAGCCUGACUCCAACGUCUUCCAACACGCCGAGCGGCUUAUAUCCUCCGAGUUGAGGUACAAGUGUUGCUUCCUCUGGGUCGACAUAGCUUUCCCUGUGCUAUCGCAAUACUUGUGCCACCGAGUCGACGACAUGCUCCAAUCGGGGAUGGUCCAGGAGUUGGCUCAGUUCUUCGACCCCGAGGCUUCCCGUCGAACCGGGUCCGGUCUCAGAAAAGCCAUUGGGGUUCCCGAGUUCGACCGCUAUUUUAAUAUGUACCCACCCUGGGCCGGCCCCGCGGGCCCGGGCGAGGAUCCUCUGCGGAAGCGUGCGUACGAGGAAGCGGUGCGGGCGAUCAAGGAUAACACGUGCGAGUUGGCGGAGCGUCAGAUGGAGAAGAUCGAACGGUUGAUGCGUGCCGGGUGGGACCUACGGAGGAUCGACGCUACGGAAGCGUUUGGGGUGGUGCUGACGUCAGGGUCCAACAAUGGGUCCGAUGUAUGGGAGAGACAGGUGUUGGAACCAAGCGUGAAGAUUGUGAGACGCUUCUUGAUGGAGUAGGUCUUCCAGCUAAAUCCAGCUACUACUCCUACUCUCUCUUUUUUAUUUUUUCAUUUUUUUUUCUCUUUUUCUAUCGGUUUAUUUAACCCUAAAAAAUGGAGGAGGAAAAAUUGGGGGGAACGGAAAAUGUACAAAACAAAAAUGGGAAUGGAAGUUGCGAAUUGUGCUGUCGGGGGGAAUGAUUACGAAUGGGUGUUUUGGUUUCGGAGUUGCGGAGGAUUGUUGGCUGUUAAGGUUUGGCACGUGCGAUUCCACAAUUUUUCUGGAGGCUGGUUUGGUUGUAAAAAAAAAAAACAAAAAAAUGGAAAGUAGUAUAGCAGAUGUUGAGAAAAAUUUUGUUAGCAGUAGGGUUUUAUUUUUUGUUUUUAGAAUAAUUAUUAUUGUUUAUUGAAAAAUUGGAAGCGGAAUUGUGAAUGGCGUUGAUAUAU